UUAUCUCUUUCGUCUUCCUUCGGAGACUUCUCCUUCCUUCUUCCUGUAAACCCAUCACUCAAUUUGUUUUCUUUUUCCUUUUCAAAAAAAAAAAAGGGAAAAAUCAUCAUAAAAUACAGUACUGUUUGUCUGUAAAUUGUAUUUAAAAAAAUACGGAGUAUAUAUAUACACAUCUCAAUCGUAGCUGGGCGAAUAAUCUGUGGCGGUAAGGAAUUUGGGGUUAUAGGGACAUGAUUUUUUUCAUCAACUGAGGAGGAAAGCUUUAGCUUUGUGGCGGCGGAGUUGAGUUGGCUGAGUCGACUCGGAGGAGUGAUGGGUUGUUGUCACUCGGCGCUCCCCGGGGACAACUGGGAGAAGGACCCGCGGCAGGGUCUGAGCCGCCCUAUGACGCCGUCCAAUGGGAGAGACGGCGCCGCGGCCGAGGGCGGAGGGGCGGCGAUCUUUUCGGAGUUUUCUCUGGCCGACCUCAGGGCGGCGACCAACUGCUUCAGCUCGGAGUCCAUUGUCUCCGAGAGCGGCGAGAAGGCCCCCAAUGUGGUGUACAAGGGCCGCCUGCAGAACCGGCGCUGGAUUGCCGUGAAGAAGUUCACCAAGACGGCUUGGCCCGAUCCCAAGCAAUUCGCGGAGGAAGCUAAGGGUGUUGGGAAGUUCAGGCACAAACGGCUGGCGAAUUUGAUCGGCUACUGCUGCGACGGCGACGAGAGGCUGCUUGUGGCGGAGUUCAUGCCGAAUGAUACACUUACUAAACACCUUUUCCACUGGGAAAACCAAACCCUUGAGUGGGCUAUGCGUCUCAGAGUAGCUUUAUAUAUUGCCGAAGCUUUGGAUUAUUGUAGCGGUGAAGGCAGGCCACUUUACCAUGACUUGAAUGCAUAUAGGGUUCUUUUUGAUGAGGUUGGUGAUCCACGGCUCUCUUGUUUUGGGUUAAUGAAGAAUAGCAGGGAUGGUAAAAGUUAUAGCACAAAUCUUGCGUACACACCCCCGGAGUAUUUAAAAACUGGGAGGGUGACACCAGAAAGUGUUGUUUUCAGCUUUGGGACUGUCCUCUUGGACCUUCUCAGUGGAAAGCACAUUCCACCUAGUCAUGCACUUGAUAUGAUUCGCGGUAAAAAUAUAGACAUGCUGAUGGAUUCACACUUGGAGGGUAUUUUCAAUUUAGGAGAGGCAACUGUGGUGUUUGAUUUGGCUUCGCGAUGCCUCCAGUAUGAACCUAGAGAGCGGCCAAACACUAAAGAUAUUGUUGCUACGCUUGCUCCUUUGCAGAGUAAAGUUGAGGUCCUAUCUCACGUGAUGCUUGGAAUUCCAAAGCAAGAAGAAGCUCCACCAACUCCUCAACACCCAGUGUCUCCCAUGGUGGAUGCUUGUUCAAGAAUGGAUCUUACUGCAAUUCACCAAAUUCUGGUGACGGCUCACUACAAAGAUGAUGAAGGGACUAAUGAGUUAUCUUUCCAAGAGUGGACUCAACAAAUGAGGGACAUGUUGGAGGCAAGGAAGCGAGGUGACUUUGCAUUCCGGGACAAGGACUUCAAAACCGCCAUAGAUUGUUACUCUCAGUUCAUAGAUGUGGGCACAAUGGUUUCCCCAACAGUUUAUGCGCGGAGAAGUUUGUGUUAUGUAAUGUGUGAUCAGGCAGAUGCGGCGCUACGUGACGCAAUGCAAGCGCAGUGUGUGUACCCGGACUGGUCAACCGCGUUCUAUAUGCAAGCGGUCGCUCUCUCAAAGCUUGACAUGCACAAAGAUGCAGCCGAUAUGUUGAACGAGGCUUCCACUUUAGAAGAGAAGCGCCAGAAAGGCGCAAGGUCUUGACACUCCUCUUUGAUAUUCGUUCAUUCGUUCCUUCAGCUCUUCGUUCCUCUCUCUCUGUCUCAAAAUAAAAGUGACAUGUUGACUUUUGCAUUCAAACGACGUUGAAUAAUUAACAGUCAAAUUUGAUAAAAUUUGACCAAAAAAGUCAACCUGUCACGUUUGUUUUCGAACAUGGGGAGUAUCUUGAAAGAAGAAAAAGAAAAGGAAAGAGAAACACUAAUUUCUUGUUGUAUCAUUUGGUUCACGUGUGUGAUUUGCAUAAGAACUAUGAAAAUGUACAAUAUAUAGCCUGUUGCAGAAAAAAUGUUUCUUUGUUAAAUUAUUGUUCACCCUCAAAUUGUGUGAGAGCAAUUGCUACAUAAUAUAUCUGGAUUUGUACAUUUGUAAUUAGAGUAAAUACUCAAUUUUAGU